CAAUUUAUAUUCAAAAUGGUAAAUUUAUCUCAGAAUUCCAUGCAGAUUUUGGAUGAGAGGAUGAGAAGAUCAUGGAAACUCAUGGACAUGAAACGCAGAACUGAAACAAACGUUCCACAGCCUGUAGGGUAGAACAGUUUUGUGUAUUACAAACAAAUAAAUAGAUAAACAAAAUAAAUCCCACACAUUCACAUGUACAGUAUGAAAGCUUUAUAAUUGUUUUCAAAGAUAGCUUAAUAUUUAUAGUUAUCUUCCAACCUUAAAUGUUGUUGUUUUUUCACUCAUUUGUGUUCACUCAGAUCAUUAAACUAAAGCCAGACACGCAGCUCAGUGUGUUAUCUAUUCUCAACACACGUACAACACCCUGAGCCUGACACACACACACACACACACACACAGCCAGAGAAACCAUGUCCAUCACAAAUACGUAGCAGUGUUAUGAGGAAUCUACUUGAUUUGUUGCCAAUUUUGGCUCUGGCAAGUUCAAUCAUUGAGAUAAGUGGAUCGGUGUCUGUUCAGCCAGUCCUGACUGGUCCCCAAAUGGCCUAUCUGGGCUCGAGGGUGGCUUUCCGGUGCAUCGCAGCUGACUCUCCUCCACCGGUCACCUAUGAGCUGAUGCAGGAUGGUGCGUUCCUCCUCGCCACUGGCACUGAUCUCCAAGGAGAGCAACCUGCGUCAUUCUUUCUCAAGGUCACUACAACCUCAGCGGGGUCGUACCACUGCAGGGCGUCGACUGGAGGAAGCACAGGUGUCAGCAACAUUAUCAACCUGAGCGUAGUCACUCCAGCAUCAAACACCAGAGUGACCUCUGAACCCUUCCCCCCAGUCGCAUAUGAGGGGUCGCGCCUCAUCCUCAAAUGCACCGUCACACAGGGCUCCCACCUGUCCUAUACGUGGUUUUUCAACAGGAAGGAAGUGACGUCUUCGAAUUCUCCGUUGUUCCUCCUCACCGGGAACACACUGGUGGUGGAGAAGCUGACUCCAGAGCAUGCUGGCUUCUACUCUUGCAUAGCUUGGUCCAUGGUCCAGGACAUCAGGAGGUUUUCAGCCAGCACCGGGGUCCAGGUGACAGUCAAAGUUUACGUGUCAAAGCCGAAGAUCUCUUUCUCCUUCUCCAAAGAGGGAGACAGUUACCACGGCAACGUCACCUGCUGGUCAACAAGGGGGAGUCAUCCAGUCAACCUCUCUCUUUCCGUAGAUGAUAAAGAAGUGGGAUCAGUCACGACAACAGAAUCUCUUGCUGCCUGGUUCUCCGUUGCCAUGGUGCCUGGGCUGGAUAUGGGUGUGGCACGAUGCCGAGUUAAAACCGAAAUGCAGGAGUUGAUGAGUGAGCCCGUGACUCUGGAAGUGGUCCCAGUCGGCGGUGACGUGAACGUGGAGGUGGAAUAUCUCUACACAGCCGACUCCACACUGGCCGCAGCCAGACUGAGGUGUCUGUUCGGCAGAGGGACUUUCCCUCACAUCUCCUGGCUCUUGAAUGACUCUGUCCUUCCUUCCGUUGAGACACAUGUGGACGCCCACUGUCAGUGUGUGCAGACUCACUUUGCCUUUGCCGACAAUAGACAAACCCUUAUCCUCACCAAGCUGGACUCAGAGGAGUCUGGGUAUUACCGCUGCAGGGUCAGGGACGACUACGAUGACUCUGGGCCUUGGGUGGGGAGUAUAGCUGUGCUGGUCCAUUAUGAAGACAGGAGCCUUAACUCCAUGCCUCAAGCAACUCCUUCCACUGAAACAACACCAAAGGCGUUCACGAGCAUGACAGAGACGAUCGCCAUUGUGUUCUGCUGCUUCCUUCUUCUGAUGAUGGCAGUUGGCAUCGCCUGCAUUUACAGGAUGUUUGACCCAAAACAAGCUCGGCCACACAUCGAUAUGACAAAUCCUAACGCAAUUCCUCUGUCUGAGCCCUGGUCCCAGUCAGGAGAACAGCAGGCUGAGAAUUCCUCUACAGACUAUGACGUCUAGUUUCAGGUAAACCAACCACACACAAGGUAUAGGAGCCAAAUGCAAGAUGGAUGACGAAAGUAAGACUGACAGUAGGUGAGGAUGCUCUCUACUGUGCAGCGAUAGAGGAACACCAACAGUCUCUCAGGGAUGUAGUUGUUCCUGAGUACCCUCAGGAAGUAGAGUCUCUUUUGGGUCCUCGUUACUAGCUCAGCAGUGUGAUCUGCCCAGGUCAGGUCCUCGCUGACACAGAUGAUCACGUCAGACAAUCGACAAAGGAGGGAAAUCAGAAAACAAAUACAGGAUGUAAAACUAAGCGAGGUACACACACUCGCAAGAACUACCAAAUAAAUAGGAAACUAAAACAUGACACAGGGAAAGCAGAAAAACAGAGGAAACCAGAAAAUCGGAAGUAGAAGAAAAUAGAAACUUCUUUCCAACAAAGAGUAACCCAGGGGUCAAGAUCCAGGGGUCAUUCUUUACAGGUUUAAAAAAAAUAAAUAAAUAAAAACCCAGCUGGAAAAUCAUUAACUGUAGUUUGGUUCUAGUCAUAGAAAAUAGACACUAUAUUUAACUUCUAAUCAUCCAGUUAUAAAUGUUUUUUACAGGAGAAUCAUUUCUUAGUCAUUUACAAGAAAACUAUAGAUAAAAUAGGAACUUCCUUGUGGGGAAGUGCUCUGUUUAAAGCAGUGCUUCUCGAACGAAUGAUCCAGCCUCAUGAUCAAAAUUGAUGCUGAGUCAUUAUGUUGCCAGUUGUUGUAACACACAGUGUCUUCAUGCAGUAAAACAUGAAAUAAGUGCAACAUAAUGUGUGCGUAAUGGUGUUUCACAUUACACAAUAUGGUGAAAAGUAAAGGGAGAGAAUGCUAAGAGUGUCCUUCAAAAUAAAAGUUGUUUUACGCAGAUAUUUUUGAACCACACAUUUUGACCUUCUGCAUUCUUACUUUUGCUGAUCUACUACUUUUCCUCGAUUUUUUUUAAAAUUACAAUUGUAUGUAUUUUUCUCCACUUAAGUCAACAAGAAACUAAUGAACAAGAAAACAAAUAAUUUCUGCCUCUCUUCUGCCUUUAGUGUAACACAGGAGGAGGAGGAGGAAGAACCAUCGCCUUUUCACCAAUAUUAUUAUAU